GAGAUAUAAUUUCCGUUAACUUAUUUCUCUCCUUUUUUUUUUCCAGUGAGAACAUCGAAUCGAUACUUGUAUACCUACCACAAAAAUCAGCUUUUGCAAAUGGAAAAAACAUGUGGAUCUCUUCUAUCUGAGCUACAGAAAAUAUGGGAUGAAGUUGGAGAGCCAGAGUGUGAGAAGGACAAAAUGCUUCUUGAACUUGAACGAGAGUGUUUGGAGGCAUAUAGAAGAAAAGUGGAUCAGGCAAACGAGUGUAGAGCACGGCUGCAAAAGGUUGUUGCUGAUUCUGAAGCAGAAGUUGCAUACAUCUGUUCUGCAAUGGGUGAGCGACCGUUACAUAUGAGGCAGAAUGCUGGAAGCUUGAAAGAAGAGCUUGAAGCCAUCGUGCCCCUACUAGAGGACAUGCGGAAGAGAAAAGUUGAGAGGAGGAAUCAGUUUGUUGAAGUUACAGAUCAAAUAAAGAACAUCUCAAAGGAGAUUUGUGUGUCCAUGGAAGAUAGUUUGUGCAUGGUGGUUCUUAAUGAGAGUGAUCUGUCUUUGAAAAGACUAGAGGAAUUACACACUCAUUUGCUUGCUCUCCAAAAGGAAAAGAGUGACCGUCUGAAGCAGGUGCUGGAUCAUCUGAAUAGUUUGAAUUCACUAUGCGUGGUGCUUGGUAUGGAUUUUGAAGAAACAAUUAAAGAGAUUCAUCCCUCUCUGGAUGACUCCAAAGGCACAAAAAAUUUAAGUAUGAAAACAAUGGAAAAAUUUUCCACUGGAAUUCAAAGGUUGCGAGAGGUCAAGAUACAGAGAUUGCGAGAGCUUCAAGAUCUUGCAACUACUAUGGUGGAGCUUUGGAGCCUAAUGGAUACCCCAGUUGAGGAGCAACUUGUGUUUCAGAAUGUUACAAAGAACAUAGCUGUUCCAGCAGAUGAAAUCACAGAACCCAACGCUCUCACUUUGGAUUUCAUCAACUAUGCUGAGUCAGAAGUCUCAAGGCUGCAACAAUUGAAAUCAAGCAAAAUAAAGGAGGUUAUUUUGAGAAAGAUGUUGGAUCUAGAGGAGUUGUGCCGGAAGGCACACAUGGUUGCGGAAGCUCAAGGUGCAGUGGAUUAUUCAGCUGAAGCUAUAGAAUCUGGAAUUGUGGACCCCUUGUAUGUGCUGGAGCAUAUUGAGCUGCAGAUUGCAAACGUUAAAGAGGAAGCCUUUGGUAGGAAAGACAUACUUGACAAGGUUGAGAUGUGGUUGGCUGCAUGUGAAGAAGAGUGCUGGCUAGAGGAGUACAACAGGGAUGAUAACCGUUAUAAUGCUGGAAGAGGUACUCACAUUGUUUUGAAGCGUGCUGAGAAAGCUCGUGCUGUGGUUAACAAAAUUUCUGCUAUGGUGGAAGCGAUGACUUCAAAAGCAACAGAAUGGGAAAAAGAACAAGGAGUAGAAUUCUCAUACGAUGGUGUUAGUCUUCUUUCUAUGCUUGAGAAGUACACAAUCUUAAAACAAGAGAAGGAGCUUGAACGUCAAAGGCAAAGAGACCAGAAGAGGCUCCAGGGGCAGUUGCUUGCAGAACAGGAAGUCCUUUUUGGGUCAAAACCAAGUCCAACAAAGAGUGGAAAGAAGGUUUCUAGAAUCUCAACUGGAAACACAAGCAGCAGAAGACUGUCGCUCGGAGGGGUAAUGCUUCAAACCUCAAUUGCUGAGAAAACUGCUCCUCCUGCUCCUAGUAUGCUCAAGAAGAGUGACUCUGUGAAGCAUCAUUCCACCCAAAACCACCAAAAAAGUGGUAGCUCUGCAGACCCGUCUUCUGGUAAGAAAACCCAAGAGAUUUGUGGUAUUCAAUCCAAGAAACGUACUUACAACGCAUCAAAGGCGCACGAUACAGUCCGGAAGCCUCUCUCACCGGUGAACUCCUCAUUUAUUUCUAAAUCUAACGCUUCAAACAUUCAAGAUCCAAACACACCACAAAAUGAAGCAUCCCAGAAAACACUCCCCACCUACAAAACACCGGUGGCAAGUCCCGCCAAGGUUAUUGCUUCCAUUGAGGAAGACGAGGUCAAGACCCCAAGGACAAUGCCGAUCCCACCACCCACGACUCCUCCAACAACAGUGUCAGUUGCCAUGCAUACAGUCACCACUCCGGCCACACCUUUUGUUCCGUGCUAUGGUGAAGAAGUUGAGUACUCUUUUGAGGAGAGACGGGCCGGCUUCAUACUUCCCAAAUCGUAUUUGAGGUCAUUUUUGCAAUUUCACUCAGAAGCAUAAGAACAACUAGCUCUUUCAGAACAAAUUUCUUGUUCUGAUUCUAAUAAUGUGUAGUGGUUUAGUGUUCGAACUUUGGAUCCAUUCUGAACAUGAAUGGGACCUUGGGAUAUUAUGACUUUUAUGUGCAAAGUUUGGGCCAAACAAACAUGCCGAGAAAUUCACGAGUCAAAUCCAUUAAGGGACCUUGGAAUCUGUGUGUGUGUGUGUGUGUGUGUGUGUGUGUGGUAUGGCGCAGUAGAAGGUAUUCACUUUCAGCUGACUUUUGUGAGUUUGAGGAAA